CAUGGCCAUGUUCCUCACCGCAGUCCUCCUCCGCGGCCGCCUUUCGGGCAGUCAGUGGAUCGGGAAGCACCGGCGGCCACGCACCAUGUCUUUCCACGCGAAGCAGAGCAUGAUCCGCCGCCUGGAGGUGGAAACCGAGAACCACUACUGGCUGAGCAUGCCCUACCUGACCACGGAACAGGAGUACGGCCACGCUGCGGAGCGCAGGGCCCGGGAUUUUGAGGCCAUCAAGGCAGCCGCCACUUCCAAGUUCCCCAAGCACAGAUACAUGGCAGACAAGCUAGACCAUUUCAAUGUCACGAAGAAAUGGUCCUAA